UGUUACCCCCUUUCCGCUCUUUAAAUAUACCGUACGAUCUGAGUUGCUCAGUGUUGCUCGCCGUCGACAGUUUGCAGCUGCAGCUGUUUUUCCGUAGCGUUAUAUUUUUCCCCAUUUUUCCCCGUUUGCUGUAUUCUAUGCUGAUACUGAAGGGGUGAAAGGAGAAGGUAGAAUGGGCGAAACCUCGAGCUUUGCUCGCUAACUCUGGAAAUGGAUCCGUCUUUCUCGCAGGGAGACAAAGACAAUGAGAUCCAUUUGGAUGAGCUGGGGCAGGGCAGAGUGAGGAUGAGAGAGCCUGGACUUUGGGACCACCCUCUGCAGAUCUCUUGGAUGAUGGAGGGGGAACCCUUCACCUCGACACUGCUGCAGGCGGGGGGCUCCGUGGCCGAUGCCAGCAUGACGUUGGAGCAGAAGACCACCUUUGCCUUCGUCAUCUUCCUCUUCAUCUUCCUGGGCAUCCUGAUCGUGCGCUGCUUCCGCAUCCUCCUGGACCCCUACCGCAGCAUGCCCACCUCCACCUGGGCGGAUGGACUUGACGGGCUGGAAAAGGGCCAAUUUGACUACACUUUGGCGUGACCCCCAUGGCGAGAGCUGGGGGGCCAUGCUGGGAAUUGGCGGCCGGUGGGGUUUACGCAUUCUCCACACUCGGUAUUGUUUACAUCAGACGGCGGGAAAAGCUGGCAUCUGCUCUGAACUUACAUCACUGUGGUCUCCCUCGGCACUGCUGGGAGAGCCUCCUAGUCCUUACAGGGUAGUCCUUUUGUUUUCCCCUAAUACCUCACGUUGUUUUCAGCGAUGCUACAUGAAGUGAUGACGCUACGUGAAUUUCCGUUGCCCCCAUCUCCAAGCUUGAGAACAUCGUAAAUGACUCACCGACGUAGGCGAGGGUGGAAGAAGAAGAAACUUAUGGCCGAACCACAUCGGCGGCUGCAAAGUUGCACAUAACCGGGAAGGGAUUUCGGUUCGCUGAUCCAAAUUGGACUUCAGUUCCGGCCUCCCGUUUCUGGACCUGUCGGCGAUGGUGGAAACCGACAGGCGGUUUUACGGCGCUUGCCGCUGGAAUCAUGACGUACAUUUAAGAACCUAUGGCACAAUUUGGGAGUUACUGUACAUGUAGAAGCUUAUCACAUGGAAGCAGGGUAAAUAAAAACAGUGCAUUAUCUGCACGGUAGGAGGUUUAUUGGGAGGACAACUGUAGCUAAAAAAAAAUCAGCUUAUUAGUCAAUUAGCACCUGCAAUUUAGCCUAACAUGAAGCUUGAAUCAGACGCAAACGUACGUUAUACCUUAGCCUUAAAGGCAACUACCAAUCUUGUGCUAAUAGUACUGUUUCAUUCAUUCUAAUGGUCUGUGAAACUGUUUUAUUUUACCUCACCUUUAAGGGUCUUAGUUAAGACUCUAGUUCAGCCCUUAAAGGCAGCCAACCGGAAAAGCAUUAGUAGAAACUGCAAAUGUGUUCUCGCCCUCCGCACGUCGUCAUGUGGCCGAUCUGCACUUGUGAUAGACUGUUACGAGCCUCUCGAGACACGAAAACCUGAGCUAGUCACGCAGCUCCUGGCCUUGAUGAAGAGUCCAGCGUCGUUGGCCGUUUCAGUAGCUAUUGCGGCCACGGGCUGGUGCUUCGCGGGCCCGAGUCCCAGUGGAUGCUGUUCAAGUCCGCCUUAAACAUUCUGCUCGUGUAGGAGUGUUACGGUCCAUUAGUCGGUUCAGCCAGUAAACCAGGGAGUUCGGAUCAGCUGAAUGCCUCGUCCCAGCCCUCAUUUUUUUAUGAGCGAUUAUUCGAUUUUCAGUCAUUGACAGGUAGUCGCAUCCCAAACAGAGAAGUACUGAAACAUGCUUUCUUUUUGCGUUGCAGUAUAGCAGGCAGAAUCCCUAAUACCCAUUAUUCAUUAAAGUUCACUUGUAUAGCUCAUCCGGAUCAGAACUACCCUUUUUUUCCUUUUGUUUUCUAAGGAUGAGGUCAUACCUUUAUUUUUAGCCUAUCAUGCUAUUGCACUAUUACGAUGACUUAAAAUAACUACGGGAAAUGCACUUCCCUUGACAGGGAUAUGAAGGACCUUCGCAAAUGGAGUCUGACAGCACUUGGCAGACAGAGGUCAUGAAGGGUGAGCAUGAAGAUGCUAAUAGGCUGUUAGCACGACCACACUGCUGGCAGUUACACAGAGAAUGUCCGGCUUGUUUACGUGACGGGCUUGUCAGCAAGCCAAACUUUGCAGUGUGCGUUAAGCGCAGCCGAGACUGUUUUGCACUCAUCGUGGCACUGUAGAUCACGCCGUGGUGGAAGCCGUCCACCUGUUUCGAGGCGCACAUGAGCACGGAGUGUUGUGGUGCGAUGCAGUGUCCUGAGGCGUGCGCUCCAGUGCUCUAAAGCUUCCAGUGUUUUUCCUUUUUUUGUGAAGAGAUUAAUGAUUUUGAGCACAAUCUCCUUGUUGGAAGUCAGAAAAAGAGGAAAACAAACAACGAAGUGGGGGGGAAAUCUGACAAUGGCCUAUAUCGCUAAAUGGCUACCAGAGCAGGAAAUCAGAUAAGAAUGGAAGAGAGAGCGUUUGUGAGCCACGGAUCGCUUCGUCACACCUGUCAGUCAUCAGUGACGGUGGCUUUUGUAGGCUGUGCAACAAAAAUAAAAUCCCAAAGAGCAGUCAUACCACCGGUGCCAAUCCACCCCCCGCAGAUUAAUUGAGUAGACGUGCAAACCUUAGGUACUGCCAUCAGAUUUGGAUUGGAAUGGAAUUUAUACAGCCACUGAUUUGCUUUAAACUGUGACUGCAGAGAUUGUUAUAUGACCUGCCAACUGUUCAAGGACUAAACCUUCUCAUCGCCAUGAAUGAAGGAAUUCGCCUUUAAGUGCUGUGAAGUACAAUUCAUUUAGUAGAUGAAAUUAGGUAACGUAAUGGGACACCAGUAGAUGAAUGUCACCGCGAUAUCUGAAGGUUUCAUAGUGAUUUAACUACAGUACAAUCGAAGAUGUAAUA